AUGCGAUUAAUUCUCAUUACAAUCAUCUCAAUUAACAUCACUUUCCCUUUCCAUCAUUUUAAUGAAGUCAACAAUUUAGAUUAAACUUCUUCCUUUCUUUUCUUCCAUUACUAAAAGACAUGAAAACUAAUCAAAUUGAAACUUAAUUGAUCAAAAAACGAAUUUGAAAUUAAGCUAUUCACUUGACUAGAUUAAUCUAGUUGGUUUAUGCUGGUCACAAUUUGUUGAUUGAAAUACCAAAAUGACGAAAUAAAGUUUACAACAGCUUAAAUGGCUCAAAGUUACUCUAAUCGUUCAUCUUAAUUUAAUGAGCAGCAAUAAACAUGAAGCUCUGAACAAUCAAAACAAAUUGAAUUAGAUAAUUAUAUUCCAAGAUAAGCACACAUUAAUAAUUGUACACGAUCGCUGAGACUAAUUGCCGGUAAACAGUUUGAAUUGUAAUUGGCAAAUCUGAUAACUUAUCAAUGCAAGGCUAUUUCAAUGGCAAUUGUUUUUGAAAUCAAGAAGUAUUGAAUGACAGGAAAAAUUUAAAUUUCUAACCGUUGAUAAUUCAAUAUCAAGUGAAAAAUUUCGUUCCAUGACCAGAAGCAUUAUAAACUUCAGAGACAGAUUUAAAGACGCUAUUUCAAGGUACAUCAAAAUUUUCAGCUUGAAAGUGUUAUUUGUGUAUAAUUAAUGUAUUUGGUUUGCAGGAAAUGCGUCAAUUACGUUGAAUUUAUAGCAUUUAGAUUACAAAUUGGUUACAAUUAAACACGAAGAUAUUGCCAAUUGAAUUUACAAGUGUCGUUGAAAAGGUUAGCUUAAAAUCAUACACUUUUACCGUCUGAGAUGGCGCUUUUAUUACAAUGUAAUUUUUAUUUGGUCAAUUGAACCGGUUACCGGUCAUUUGCUAACCAGCUAACCGUUAAUUACAAGUGUGUUUUUACAGCUUUUCGUGAUCUAUUUAUAAGGUUUAUCUAUUGAUGAUGGUGAUUGCUGAUUGGAUUUAACUUGAUCUGGCAGAUUUCUCUUAAAAUUCUUAUUAAUUUGGUCAAUGCCGACGAUCAAAGGUUUGCUUUUUUGUAUUCGAUGAUUUGGUGAUGGUUAUCUGAUUGAUGGUGAUAAAACAAACAGUUUAAUAUAAAUAAUUGCGAUGAUUAACACCUCUACUGCAACGGAAAACUAGUCUUACUAUUGGAAAUGGAUUAGAACGAGAAGAAAAGAGCAGAGUGGACAUCAAUUGGCGUUUUAAUGAAAAACGAUUAUUGUCAUUUACAUGAUCAACACUUGUUAUUGGACACUUGAUGGUAAACAAAGUACUGGUACAAAGUGGACAACCUACUGUGAUUCCUUACCAACCGUUUUCACUAUUCCCGGGAAACAAUAUUUCAUUGUUCAAAUACAUACUUUAAUAGUUGGACAUGUAUUUAUAGCUGAUAACUUUUAUGUGAUUGAUGAAAAGUGAACCAGUUUGAGUCAAUCAUCAAUUUGAUAUAAACAACAUUAAGAAUAAAGAAAAUCUCGUCAUAAACGCCAAUCAAUGCUCCUGUAUUCCUUUUCCAAGCAAGCUUCUAAUAAUUCCAGAUUCUUCAAUAAGCCAUUCAAAUGGUUCUGGUGAUGUCAAGACUUAAUAAUUAGACUUGAAUUCAAAAUAUUUAAAUCCAUUUUAUUGUAAAGUCUACCUGAUCCCGACUUUCUUCAUCUAUUAUAGACUACAAAUAUUCAUCAGACAAUUCUUGGUUAACGCAAACAUGCAAACUGGAGUCACUUAAUUCAAAAUUUAUCUUGACAAUUCAACCACUUCUGGGCUUUUUGAUUCAUCAAUAAUUUGCUGUUGAAAAACGCAAAUGAAGACAAUUGAUUUCAACGAUUUUAUAUAAAUCAAUAGGCCAUUAUAAAAUUGAUAGUUACUAUUUAACAUCUUGAAGUAUGUGCUUAUGGGAAUGUAUCAGAUUACAUGUAACUCAAUCUGAAUUGAUUGUCACAAAUUUGGAGUCAUUUUAUUUUGGAAACGCAAAGUGACUUUGAAGAUGCCUAAUCUUGGCACACUAAACAAUCAAUAACUUAUAAUUGAUUAACAAUUGGUAAAAUAAAAGGGCAAAUAAAUUAUUCAAACAAAAUUGGUCAUUAUUUCAAUUGUAAUUAAAAUAUCAAAUUAAGCAACAAAACCCAUAAACAAAAAAAAAACGAUUACAAAUGUAUGAAUGAAUAUAUCCUAAUAGUUGAUUUCAAAUCAAAAACAAGCUCAAAUGUUGAUUGGAUUGCAUGUUGAUGUUUCCACCAGCAAGAUGAUGGUGAUGAUUAUAGUGAAAGUAAGAUGAAGCCACUUCCUCUUACCUCAAGUUUACAUGAAAACAUUUUUUCCGGGCCAAUCGAGAGUGAAAGUCCGAAGUGAAAGAAGGAGGAAGCUCAAAGAAGAUGAUGAAAAAUGAUGAAAAAGGGAAGGAUAAUAUUUUGUUUCUGCCGGGUCAAUCAUCAAAACUAUUUUUAAUUGUCAAUAAACCAUUUCUUAAAUCAUAUACUUAAAUAGUUUAACUUUGUGUAUUGGUGAAGACAAUCAAAUUUUGCAUUAAAACCUACAAACAUCGCGUCUUUGACCGGACAUUAAUUUAAAUAAGUCAACUAUUAGUGAAUAAGAGAUGACAAUCUAAUGAAAAUGUGAAUCGCCUAUUAUUUUGGAAAAUCUGUCUGAUUAUUGUUUAGUGGAACCAGAAUUAUCUUUCCCAAUUUUGGUCUUCAAAAUAAACGAUUAUCCACCUUGGGUUCAUUUUUUCUUGUGUAAUAUAAUUUUGUGUUUUGUGACUUUGUUAAUUCCUCCAAAUAAGCAUUUACGAUGAGGAUAAGUGUUAUUUUGUGUCCAAUCCUGUUAAUCAUUUGUGUCCAUCUCAACGGUGCUACAUUAUUUAGUCUACUGGGCAAGAAAAAUUAUAUCCUAGCCAAGCCUAGGAUCAUAAUUAAGCCCAAAAUUUACAUUGGAACUUCACCAUUGUUAGGUAAAAAGAAGGCUCUUGCUGCUAAAGCUGUGGCUGGUCUUGGUGUUGUUGGAAUACUUAAAAAGCUAACACCUAAAAUAUCUUUACCCAAAAUUGAGCUUCCUCGUCUGGGUUUACCCAAGAUUCCUUUGUCAUUCUCAGUUUCUCUGGAUAAACCUGAAUCAAGCCAAAAUGAAGACGAAGUUGAGGAAGCAGCUGAAGCUGCUGCCGAUGCAGUUAGAAACGCUGCCGCUGAAGAUCCAGACGAUCUUGGCCAUAGUUUACAUACAUCCAAAAAGUCACUAUCAUCUUCUAGAUUUACUGAUUUAGCAUGGUUAAGUGACCCACCUCCAGGUUUCUCGCCUUAUGGAGAUGAAUUUUCAGUCGAAGAAAGUAAAUCACAUCGAAGUGAUAGAUUACAAAAAGGUAAACAACAAUCCUCUCCGUCUUCAUCAUCAACUUCCCAAUUGAGAGGAACAAAUUAUCAGUCAAGGGACAAAUACAGUAAAUCAUCUGGCCACAGUCUUAAAACUAGUUUAACCAAUAAUAAUAAAAAUCAUAAUAUCAAUGAUGACCAUGAUGAGUUUAAAAAGUUUGACUCUAAAGAAAUCAGAGCAACCACAAAAUUACCAAUAAGAAGGAGAAGAAGACCCACUAAAGUGGACAACUAUGACGAAGAUGAAGAUGAUGAUGAGAGAUGAUGAUUUUUUGAAUAAAUUUUGCAACAUUUUAUACAUUUAUAACAUCGAAACAAGUUGAAUUAGUUAACAUUUUGUAAACAUUUGAAACUAAAAGCUACUGCAUUUCAUUAUUACUCAUCGACGUCUGGUUGGGCGCGAUAUACAAAAUUGCAGACUUCAUCGAGUAAAUAUUUUAUAAAUUGUAGAUUUAAGUUAGAUUAAUUAAACCGAGUAAAGUGAAACAUAUCAAUUGCUCAAAAUAUAUCAUAGGUAAUUGUACCAUAAUCAUUAUAGUUAGAAUUGAUCUAAUAGAGCAGUUUAUUUCUGUUUCCCAUCAUUUUCAAUGUACGAUAUACAAUGUUAUUUUUUCAGACUUUACCAAUGAAUUGGUUAAGAAUUGUAAUCAUUGAGUUUAAUAAAUAAAUUAAUCAUUCUA